AAACGAGCCAAUAUAAAUUUGAGGCAUUUGGCCACUAAAUGGUUCUGAAUAGAAGGAUACGUUUGUAUUUAUCCAACAAAAAUGAAUGAGAAUAGUGCUAUGAUUUCAUCAUCACUUACCACUCCGCUAGUAAUCAACAUCGACAGUUAUCGUCACCGGAGCCAUGAGGAGCAAAUAAUUACCAUUAACACAAAGCAGACGGACGAAGAAUCGGUGGUAUUGGAUAAUACCUCUAAGGAAACUAUAGGAACGUCUACCUUCUUCAAGACUUGUUUUAAUGGCAUUAAUGCUUUAUCUGGAGUAGGGAUACUAUCGGUACCAUAUGCACUAGCAUCUAGAGGAUGGUUAACUUUGAUACUUCUUUUCAUCAUUGCGGCUGCAACAUACUACACAGGGUUACUAAUGCGAAGAUGUAUGGAUGUAAGUUCAAAGAUAAGAACAUAUCCAGAUAUUGGCGAGCAUGCUUUUGGGAAGAAAGGGAAAAUGAUAGUAUCUAGUUUCAUGUACUUAGAAUUGUAUGUGGUUGCAACCGGAUUUUUGAUACUAGAAGGUGACAACUUAAGCAACCUGUUUCCAGACAUGAGUUUCACAUUAGCUGGCGUUACCGUAUGCGGCCAACAGGGAUUCGUUAUACUCGUAGCUCUUGUAAUUUUCCCAUCAAUGUUGUUGACUGACCUGAGCAAAGUUUCUUACAUAUCUGCAACUGGGAUUUUAGCUUCUGUUCUCAUCAUUCUUUCUGUCUUUUGGGUUGGUGUCGAAGAUACUGGUUUUCGUGCACAGGGAAGGUUCUUUCAUUUGAAUGGGGUUCCUACUGGUGUUAGCUUAUACACCUUCUGCUACUGCGCUCAUCCCGUUUUCCACCACCACCACCACCACCACGCCACCACCAUCACCACCGGCACCACCACCAGGUCCACCACCAGCACCACCACCGCGGCCACCAUCACCACCACCGCGGCCACCAUCACCACCGCUGCCACCACCAAUACCACCGCACCACCACCACCACCUGAACCCUAAAUCCUGAACCCCAAACUCUGAACCCUAAGUCCUGAACCCUAAACCUGAAUUUUAAACACUGAACCCUAAAUUAUGAACAAUGUACCCCGAAGGGCAAUUUCGAAUACUUAACUCUCUCUAACGGAGAAUCUAACGGAUUGGGGCAUUUUGAUCUAUUCCCUAACGUCCGGGGAAUUUUCACAAAGUUGGGAUCGAUUUUGAGGCUUUUUACCAUUUAUCCCUAGAAAAUUUUCGUGGCAAGUGACCACGGUAAAAUUGCUAAUGUGUCCUAUGGUGCAGAAACUGUGCAGUCUUUCAUCUUU